AUGGAAAACUAUCGACAUGAGGCGACUGAUAAUGGCGAUAAGGAUCUGCGGCGGGCGUCCCAGGGACCCCCCCCCCCGCCCCCCGCCUGGGUGUGUACACACCUGCGGGUGAUCGAGAGACCAAGUGACGAACUGGUGCAGCUGUGUGGCCGGCGGCCCUCGCUGACCCACACCCGUCAGCGCUCCUCGCCUCCUGUGCUCACCGUUCACAGUGUGCCGCAGGUGUGCUCACAGUGUGCCGCAGGUGUGCUCACAGUGUGCCGCAGGUGUGCACACAGUGUGCCGCAGGUGUGCUCACAGUGUGCCGCAGGUGUGCACACAGUGUGCCGCAGGUGUGCUCACAGUGUGCCGCAGGUGUGCACACAGUGUGCCGCAGGUGUGCUCACAGUGUGCCGCAGGUGUGCACACAGUGUGCCGCAGGUGUGCUCACAGUGUGCCGCAGGUGUGCACACAGUGUGCCGCAGGUGUGCUCACAGUGUGCCGCAGGUGUGCACACAGUGUGCCGCAGGUGUGCUCACAGUGUGCCGCAGGUGUGCACACAGUGUGCCGCAGGUGUGCUCACAGUGUGCCGCAGGUGUGCACACAGUGUGCCGCAGGUGUGCUCACAGUGUGCCGCAGGUGUGCACACAGUGUGCCGCAGGUGUGCUCACAGUGUGCCGCAGGUGUGCACACAGUGUGCCGCAGGUGUGCUCACCUGUAUGCCGCAGGAAUACUGUGUACUGUAAUAAGAGCAAGGACGGCGUACUAACCUGA